AUGGCAUAUAAAUCUGAAAGACAACUUGUCGAAGCUGUUGAACAAUGUCAAUUAAAUAAAAUUAUUUAUUUAGUUGAACAUGGUUAUAAUAUUUAUGUACAAAAUACACUUGGACAAAAUUUUCUAAUACAUAUUUUACAACAACAACAAAGACAAGAACAAAGUUCUUUAUUAUCAAAAAAACGUUUUCAAUUAUUUCAAUUUUUAAUUAAAAAUUAUAAUCUUAAUAUACAUUCAUUUGAUUAUCAUCAUAAAAAUGUUUUUAAUUGGGCAACAAAUCUUAAUUGUACACAAGAAGCACUUUAUUUACUUAAUUCAAAUCCAGGUGAUAUUGAUAUACUUGCACGAGAUAAAUCAGGUUCAUGUUCUUUACAUUAUGCUGUUGAACAUGGAAAUGAAAUUCUUGUUCAUACGAUUGUUAAUUAUCUUGUACGUUAUCGAUUAAGAUUUGAUAUAAAAGAUGUUCAUAAUAAUACUCCAGAAGAUAUAGCAAAAAAAUUAGGUUAUACAGAAAUAGGUAAUUUUCUUGAACAAGCAUGUCGAUUAACAGUAUUUAUGUCAAGAGAAAUACCAGAUCAAAAAUUACGACCACAAACAAAUAAAUCAAAACGAACAACAAAUACAAUAACAACUAAUACAAUAACAAGUUUUUCAUCAUCAACAUCAUCAUCAUCAUCACUAUUAUUAGAUUCAUCAGAAAAUUUUAAUUUAAUAGAAACAAAAAUAAAUGAAGCAAAACGAUUAGAUGAUUGGAAAACAGUUGCAAUAUUACGAAGUUCAAAAAAAAAUUCAAAUAAUAUAUUACAAUCUAUUCCUGAAAUCAAUAAAAAUACAUCAUCUAUUCCAAAACUUCCAUUAAUUAAUAAUACUAAACAAUCUAUUGGUCUAGCAGAACAAAUGUUACAUUUAUUUGAAGUACAAAUAUCACCAUCAUAUCGACGAUCAUUUAUACCAAUUUAUCGACGUUCAAUUAAUAUGAAUACUGGUUGUCAACGACCAGGAUAUGGAUCACGUAAAAUGUCACAUGCAUCAUCUCGUCGAAGAUCUUCAGUAUUAAGUCUUCGUAAAAGAGAUUCUGAAAUCAGUCAAAUAAGUAUUUCUACAAUACAAGAAAUACAAAAUCGUUUUUCUCUACCAGCAGUUUACAAAUCACAUCGACAAUCACUUGUAACCACUAAUUGA